AGGUCUCUCCAACCCAUCCAAAGACUACUACCGUCUCUGAGCCAAUCACCGACGAGAUCCUCCAAAACGUCAACAGAACAGAAGUUUAAACCGGCGAGGAAACAACAUCCGUGUACUUACUUUCACAAAAAUCUAAAUUGAACGGCCACAGACAUGAUGAUGGAGGGAGAAGAGAAGGAGAACAUGACCAGGGUUGGUCGAGGGCUCCACAAGCCCCUCACCCACACAGUGUCCAGCCAUUCUUGUGGGCCAUCUAAAUCAGCCACAAAAUCUGUAACACACAAGCCGGUCUCCUCUAGAAAGUUGUUGAACCCUAUACCAGCUAACAACCCAACUGCAGUUAUUAUGCCUCGGAUGGGUCCCCAGGUGUCUUUAAACAAGCCCACUCUAAGCCGAGUGGCAAGUAAUACUCGACCAGGCAUAGACAAGAAGGCUCCAAGACCACAGAUGGGCACUAAAGCUGUGGGUUCAUCCAUAAGAAAUGUAAAUCCUCUCCACAAGCAGGGAGGAGACCAUAGGGGAAACACUCAGCUGAAGUCAGGUCAAGCAAAUCAUAAGACGGGAUAUGCAUCAGAAAGAAACAUGCCUUCAUCACAAAUUAACAAGUCUACUGCAGCAACAAAGCAAGGACUAACAUCAGUAGCCAAGGAGCCUGUAGCUACGAAGCCUGUUUCAACAAACACCGUAGACAAACCUGUGGACGAUGGUCCACCUUCAAUAGUAGCCAGGCAGCAACAGAAACCUACAGUACCAGUUUGCUCACAGGAAUCUGCAACAGUCAGUGAAACCAAAGAACAAAAUGAAACAAAGUCGUCCUCUGAUCAACCAGAUAGCCAACCAAAAACUCUACCUGCAGAGACAGAUGGUGAAAAGCAAACUAAAAAGACAGAUGAUUCUGCUACCAAAGAAAAUACUGCCAAGGAGCAAGAGACACAACAGACACAGGAAACAGAUGAAAAGAUAGAUGAAUGGGGUCCUGAUGAAUCGGAAAAAAAAUCAAAUAAGAGACCAUGGGUGUUAGAUGAUUUUGAAAUUGGCCGUCCUCUGGGCAAAGGCAAGUUUGGCAAUGUGUAUCUAGCAAGAGAGAAAAAGACACAUACUGUGUUGGCUUUGAAGGUGCUAUUUAAGUCAGUGCUAAUGAAGGCAGGAAUCAUCUACCAAGUACGCAGAGAAGCAGAGAUCCAGUCCCAUCUAAGCAGUUUGUUUCUUGUGUCUCUGGUGCUGGCUGCCUGUGAGUCGGUUCCAGUCGUUUUUGGGAAUGAAAUUGCUAUUGAAAUUUUCUUCAGACUUUGUAAGGAUGGUCAUGCUUUCCCAUAUUUGUUAGUCUAUAUUUUUCCUUUAAUGUCUAAUAAAUCAUUCAUUGAUCCCCAGCUGGUUAAUGCCCUUGAAUACUGCCACUCCAAGAAGGUCAUUCAUCGUGAUAUCAAACCUGAAAAUAUUCUCAUUCAUGGAAAUGGGCAGUUGAAGAUUGCAGAUUUUGGAUGGUCUGUUCACUCCCCUAAUGAGAGACGCAAGACACUCUGUGGUACCUUGGACUACCUCCCACCAGAAAUGAUUGAGGGGCGUAUGUAUGAUGAAAAGGUGGACAUCUGGUCAUUAGGUGUGCUGUGCUAUGAGUUCCUGGCAGGAAAGCCCUCGUUUGAGUCCACAUCACAGUUAGAAACCUUCAGAAGGAUUGCUAGGGUAGAUAUUAAAUUCCCAUUACACUUCUCUGAAGAGGUCAAAGACUUAAUCUGCAAGUUGCUGCGGUACAACCCAAAGGAGCGCCUUAGUUUAGAAGGAAUAAAGGAACACCCAUGGAUUAAAAUGCACUAUGACCCCUCUGUUCCUCCACCAAAUCCAUGUGCCAAGUGAAUUGUCAUGAAAGCUGCUGUGGCCCAAGUUCUUCUAUGAUAAGUUCCCUCCUUGCAAAGCAUUAACAUAUUUCAUCCUCUUAUUAUUGUUAUUGUUAUUGCCACAAAUGACUAAUUGGAGUAAAUGCUGUCAAAUCCUGAGAUAAUGCUGUUUUUCCUUUUUCUUUUUACCUCAAUGACACUAUACUUCCAUAUCUUUAUAACUUGGAAUAUUCCUUUUCUUUUAUUUUGAGAAAUGUCCAUUUGUGAAUGUGAAAUAUGUACUGAAUAUUAACUAUGAUGCUGGUGUGGCAGAAGUGUUUUUUUUGUGUAGUUUUGUAUGCGAAAAUAAAAUAAACUUGUUUGAAUGAGAAUACUGAUGUAGAACAAUUUACAACAUUGUAUUUUUAAAUGGAGAAAAUUUUGUGAUUCGACUGCUGUAAUGAUAUGGAUUUUAACUGAUUAUUAGUGCGAGUUGUGCAUUGUCAGGUUUCUGAGUUAUAUGAUGAGAUUUUAUAGAAGAUACCCAAUGAUUUUUGAGUCCAUUGAAGACAUGUAUAAUCAGGUUGUUUUAUGUUUGUGUAUUAUUUAGAUUAAUCUGUGAUAAGACUUGAUUUCUGUCAAUUAGUCUCCCAGGAUCAUGAGAGGAUGUGAACCCAUGUUUACUUUAAGUAUUUGUUAAAGAGUUUUGUAUGAACCCUCAGAGUCACUUUUAUUAGCUAAUAAAAAUGCAAUAAUAAUGAUGCAACUUGUACUUUCUUGUAUUCAUACAGUGAGACCCUGCUAAGCAUGUUUUGCAAUAAUUACUAGUACAGUGUUAAAGUGCAUUCAGUGAACAAGUCAAAUUUUGGUAGAAUGGCUAGGUAAAUGUAAAUAAAUAUCCAUCUGCCCAUAAUAAAAGCCUAAAUAGAUCAUAAAGUGA